AACCGAAAUUAUUUAUUUUUUCUAUAUCCUCAUUACUUUCCCAACAAACGUUAUCUACUUUACUCUGUUCUAAAAGCUUUUACUUUUUUUUCCUAUUCCAUUAAACUAUUUAUUACAAAUUACAACAAAAAUGUUCUGCAAAACUACAACCGCUAUUGUUCUCUUCAUUGCCUGCUUCUUGGCUAUGGUGAAUGCUAUUGUCAUCAAUCCUAAAAUCACUGUACCCUCUCAGGGUACUAAGUGGAGAGCUGGUGAGACAUUUACAGUGAAGUGGGCUACUACCUUUUACGAUGGUGAAAAGACUGUUCCUAUUCCCGAUGACUAUAAAGGAACAAUUAAGUUGGGUUACUACGAAAAUGGCAAUCCUAGCAUGAACCUCAAAUGGGAUUUGGCCUCAGGUUUUCAAUUGAACAGUGGUGCACAAUCUGUCACUUUGCCCUCAGACCUUGAUACCAAGACUUCUUAUAUCGUUGUUCUCAUGGGAGAUUCUGGUAAUGCUUCUCCCAAGUUCACUAUUCGUGCUGCCCGUGGUAAUAGCUCUGAUAAGAAGGACUAAGGAAGUAAAGAAAAACGCUUUGGGUAUACCAUUCCAAUGACAACCUCUCUCUCAUCUCUCUCUCUUUCCCGUUAAUUAUUCCUCAUAUGUAUAUCACAAUUUGAGAGAUACACCUUGUAAAAAAAAAAACCCAAAAAAAAACAACCUCUACUCUACUAUUAUACAUACGCAACCCCACCUUGUAAUUACUUUUUUUUUCUAUUUUUCUUAAUAGCUUAAUCACCUUUUCUCACUCGUUUAUAUAAUUUUGUAUAUUUUUGUUCUGUUUUUUCUAUUCUAAUUAUUUACUGCAAAUUUACUAUUAUUUAUUUCACUUUUUCCCAAAUUCUCCAAAUA